CUAUUUCUCGUGCAGGGCUUUCUCCUUGUAAGCAGACCCGGAAUUUUUCGACCCCACUGUUCUUUCUGCCGCGUGGCUUGCCGGUCUUUCCCAGUGUCCCUCUGGGACCAGCCAUUUUGCAAUGUUUCGCAGCCACUCCGACCGCAGGCUCCUACCGUCACUAGCGUCAACACCAAGUCUCGGAAACUACAUGGCGCUCUCCUCCCGGGACGAGCUUGUGACGGCGCCCUGCGUGCCAGGCCCAAUCCGUUCCCUGUCUUCGGCCCGGGCCCGGUUGCAAAACCCACUAGUGCAUUCCCAUCUGGUGCCCUCUUUCAGCCAGGUGCCCCACCCCGACGAGAUCUCCAACGCGUUGGGUUUGCAAACAGCCCGUGUUUUAGUGUACCAGCCGCCCGAGCCGCACAGCCGCUUCGACGAGUUGGCCGACACGCUCCGGGCCCUCACGCUCGAAGACCUGGGUGCCAGCGGCGAGUCCAUGGGCACGCCCAUGAGCGCCAUGCUCCCGCACAACAACGGCCUGAAUGUGCUGCUCUCGCAUCCGUCUCGAGACGACUGCAGCGGCAUGGUCUUGGCGCUGGAUGCAGAUGAAAUGAGCUCCGUGGAGCCCUGCGUCUCGCGGCGCUCGCGUGCCUCCGAGCCAAUGAGUCUAUACGACGACAAGAGCCGGCC